UCUCAGUGGGUCAGCCCCCUUCCCCCUGCUGCUCUCUAGCUGUCUCUCUCUGUUUCUGUCUCACUCUCUCCAGCAACUUAACAGGCUAGAAACAGAAUCUCAGAAACUUUGACUCAAUAAUUUAUUGGACACAAAUUGAAACCUUCAAGAACAACUUUGAAAAAACCAAGAACAAUAUAAACUGAGAGAGUGCUCGCUGGAUUUCCUUCCAUUUUCUCCCGUGGGGGAGGUUUUAGUGUAUUUUUGGACCCCGGUGUGAUCCAGCUUAACACAAUUGCUGUGCGCUUUUUGCUGCCGGAUUCGAGUGUUGCCUCCAUCAUCUUUUCUCACGUUCGACUGGGGCCAAAAGGGAUUUAACGAAGGAGUUUCAUGCUUGUUUCUAUGGUAACACUGCUUUUCCCUGAGCCUUUGAAGGACUGAAGGUUAUCAUUGAACAUCCAGCACGUCCAAGCUCUCUUCACCAAUGAGCAGUCAGACCAGCAGCAGGGAGGCGGGCCCUUCAGCUCGGAACCAUCAGAGGACGUUUCUAGAUGAUGUCAUUUUGACCUUUAGUUCACCGAUGGCGUGGCUGCUGGUGGUGGCUCUGAUCAUCACAUGGUCGGGGGUAGCCAUCGUCCUGUUUGAUCUACUCGAUUAUAAGACUCUCACAGAGUACACAUCAUACUGUGACGACCCCGUGUGUUUAUCUCCUGGUCUCCCUCCUCCUCCUGCCAUCGCCAAGAGAGGUUUGAAGGCUAGAGGUGUUGUUCGUCCAAUUAAAUCAAGCCCUGCUGGAGUCCCUGGUGAUGUCGCAGCUCAGGAGAGCGCCGAUUGGUUGGAGAUGAUUUGGACGUUUGCAGCCAGUUUGGUAGCUCCUGAUGAUGAGGAGGAAGGUAUUCACCAGCUAACUGAAACCCUCACAUCUUUUCAUUCUGAGGAGCUCUGAAAGAGAAGGUUGUGGAGAAAGGACAAAAACAGAUGUAUGAAGAGCUGGAGAGAGUUCGAGGCAGCAACAAGCGACGAAAGAGAGAAACAUGGAGACAUGGACAGAGGAGGAGGAUGUACAGUAUAUCACAGCAAUAUUUCUUUCUGUCUGUCUGGUGUUAACUGGAAUUCGAUGAAUAAAAACUGCUAAUUUAA